ACUACGUCGUCCCCUGUCCUUCCACACCCGAAAAUGCGAACAAGGGUUUUUCUCUGAGACGCCAUGAAAAUUAGGGGUUUUAGGCUCUUCAUUGAAUCUACAAUCUCGCCACUCAAAUGCUUAAAACCCUAGUUCGGGUUUCAUAAAACCCCUAAAAUCUCAGCAGAAAAGAUGGUAGCAGCUGCUUUGAAUGGCAGAACAAAGUUGAGCACUUUAACUUUCUUAUUAUGCCGUUCUUGUUUUAAUCGAUUAAACUGUAGUGUUUCUGUUGGGUUACACUCUUCUGCUAAAGGAUUUCGGACAUUCAACACAUUGCAUCGUUGUGGAAAUUUCUUUCUUGACAAUUGUAUUAAAUCCAUCCCAGUUGGAGUCCUCCUCAAUUGGCCAACUUUUGCCACUAGUAUUUCUGGCUGCUGCCAAUCAUUCUCAACCCAGGCAUCCCCCGCAGAAAUUGUGGAUGAGGUGUUGGCUGAUGUUCUCUCUGUUAUGGCUAAGUCUCAAAGUUCAGGAGAGGAACUCUGUUCUACUUAUAUUGAUAAGUUUUGCAAUGACAGAAAUCUAUCAGGAGCCAUUAGGCUAGUGCGUACAUUUCAUGAUAAAAAUAUUCCCCUCCACCCUAGUGCACACAAUCGCCUUCUGAAAGCUGCAGGCGAGGAAAACGAUAUUGGCCUUCUAUGUCAGUGUUUCAAGGAUCUGUUAGUAUCUUGCAAAUCUCUGAAUUCAUCUACAUAUCUUAUCUUUGCUCAGGCAUUUAUCAAGGAAAAUGAUGUUCCCUGCUUACUAAGAUUUGUCCGGGAAAUUUCGGAGUUGAUAUUUCCAAGUAGUACUACAGUUAUGAAUAGGAUCAUCUUUGCCUUUGCUGAAUGUGGACAGGUUGACAAGGCCUUGCUGAUUUUUGAUCAGAUGAAGAGUUUGGAAUCCAAACCUGAUGUGAUCACAUAUAACACCAUUUUGGGAAUCCUAGGCAAGUGUGGUAGAAUAGAUGAAAUGCUUAAUAAAUUUUUGGCAAUGAAAGAGGAUGGUCUAUUUCCUGAUAUUGUUUCUUAUAAUACCUUAAUUACUGGAUUGCGAAAGGUUGGCAGGCUUGAGUUGUGCUUAAUAUUUUUCAGGGAGAUGUGUGAGAGAGAAAUUGAACCAGAUUUGCGGACUUAUAGUGCUUUGAUUGACAGCUUUGGAAAAUCUGGUAAUAUUGAAGAAUCACUGAGACUUUUUUAUGAGAUGAAGCACAGGGGUAUCUGCCCAUCAGUUCAUGUUUACAAAUUACUGAUCAGUAAUUUAAAGAAGAUGGGGAAGUUUGAGUUGGCUAUUGCCUUUUCAAAUGAGAUGAAGGAAUCAAUCUCAAAUCAUCGUGGGCCAAACUAUAAUCGACAGAAAAACAGAUAGUAUAGCAGUUUAAAAUUGAUUAUGGACACUGGUUUAGUAAUGUUUACAAGAAGCAUCAGUUUGCUGCAUGCUGCUUCUAUCUUCAACAAGAAGGGCUCUGUUGUGGUAUGUAUUUUCAUAGAAUGUAUGAUCUCUCCGACUUAAAAUGGAUCUGCAGACUGGUUAUGUUCAUAGUAUAUGAUUCUGUUACUAAAGACACGUCUUGUUUGGAAUUAUUGCUGUGCAUAUUGAAGUUUAAAAAAGAUUUUCUUUUGGUUACAGGCCAGUAAAGUUGAAGAACCAUAACCAGUGGUUACAGGCCAGUAAGUUGAACCAUAACCAGCCAUGGUCGAAUCAUAGGUUGACUUCCCCAUGUUUGGUGGUUGGAUCUCUGAAAUGACUACACACUUGAAUUUUUCGAAGUAUUUAUCCUUGCGUGGGUUCUUAAUAUGCUCUUAUCCUGCAUGAAAAGGGAGAAGAGAUGCAUCUGGUUGAUUAUUAAUGGUGUAAAUAUCAAAUUAAUUUGUGGAUAUUGUAACCUCAUUUAUAGUUUGGUGCAUCAUGUAAGUGAUGUAAAGAGGGUUUCUCUGCUGACUGCUCUUUUUAUUUGUUUUUGCACAGUAAACAAAGAGAUAUUACAAUUGUAUGAUGUGUUUCAUCUACCUUUGCAUGGAAAAACGUUCCCUUGUUUUGUACCUCA